ACCAUGGAUUUUAUCGAGUAUGUUGCUGCGCUAAACCUUGUGCUUCGAGGACGGCUUGAGGAUAAACUCAAGUGGUCUUUCAAGGUGUUUGACAACGAUGACAAUGGACGACUGGACAGGCACGAGCUGAGAAUAAUUAUAAGGAUCAUCUACAAGAUAAAGAAAGGUUCUGUCAGUGACGAGGCAGGCCAAAUCCACCUUACACCUGAAGAGGUUUGUGACCGUAUCUUCCAGAAAGUUGACGAGAAUGGUGACGGUCAGAUAACUCUGGAGGAGUUUGUGGAGGGGGCAAAGAGAGACCCCUGGGUACAAAAACUCAUACGCCUGGAUAUCAACCCCAGUUACUGGGUCCACCAGCACUUGAGUGACAGAAAACUCCAGAGUCCAAAACGAUGAACUAAAAUGUCAGACAGGGAGGAAGAGGACAUUGGUUCUCUCUAUUAAAGAGGAUCUGAACCAAAACAAUAACUUCUCUGGUUGAAAACGGCCUGUAUUCAUUAUCAUCGACUCUACUCCCAUAAUAGGAUAACAAUAGGAUGAUCAUAAAGUCAGUAUCUCUCAAAAUGGGGAUUUGCUAGAUUUAGGAAAUUAAUGACGUUGCCAAAUCCUUGGAUAUUUGAGGAUUGUGUAUGGAUUUCAAUUAUUCCCAGCAUACUCACUCUCCGAGGAGUCAGAAGAAAGCGGAUGUUUCCAGUUUUCAUGGAUACAGUAUUUUCAACUUCCAUUUCCCCUGAAAAACGGAUGUGGGGACUUCGCUCAGGGAUCUUUUUGCACCUGCUGCAUUAGGUUAGAGUGUCCUGCAUGAUAUCCAAUUGUAGCAGCAGAAUCAACCUACAGGCCAUUUCUUUACAGACAGCAGAAAUUCCCAAUUGAGUCAUUAGCAUACAUCGCCUCAGGACUUAUUUGAUUGAGACCUUCUCCCACAGUGGGUUUUGAGAAAGAGGCGAGGAGAGAGGACACGAAGAGUAUGCAUUUGACAUUCUCCCAUUCAAUUUGUCGGGACAUGCUCUGCAAGGUGUCGAAAGCGUUCCACAGCAGUGUUGGCCCAUGUUGACUCCAAUGCUUCCCAAGUUGGCUGGAUGUCCUUUUAGUUGGUGGACCAUUCUUGACACACAAGGGAAACUGUUGAGUGUGAAAAACCCUGCAGCGUUGCAGUUCUUGACACAAACCGGUGUGCCUGACACCUACUACAAUAUCCUGUUCAAAGGCACUUAAAACUUUUGUCUUGCCCAUUCAUCCUCUGAAUGGCACACGUACACAUUUCUUGUCUCAGUUGUCUCAAGGGUUAACAAUCCUUCUUUAACCUGUCUCCUCCCCUUCAUCUACACUGAUUGAAGUGGAUUUAUAUGUCAUGGAAAGAGAAGGUGUCCUUAAUGUUGUGUGCACUCUGUGUAUAUGCCAAUAUCAAAAUAAAUGCAAUACAUUUUUUAUAACAUUAAGAUAAGAAUUGAUACUGUAGUACAUACCCAGAUAGCACUUUUGGUUCCUUGGAAGUUGUGGAAACAUGUGUUUUUGGUUUCCCAUUAGUUCUGGGAACGAAGCCAUAUGUUUCCUGACCGGUACACCUGAAUAUUUUUUAAAUGUUCUGAGAAUGAAAAUAAAAAUGUAUCCUGUUCAGGGAACGUUCAUUUUUAGGUUGAAGGGAGGUUCUGAGAACAUCUUACUAUGGUUCACUAAAAGUUUUCCUGGGAGGUUUUAUUAACGUUCUGAGAACAGAAAUUAUAGUUUAUUUGAAGAUAAUUAAAUAAUGCUCUGAGAACAUGUUUCAAUAAGACUUAAUCAUAUAAACACAUUCAUUUUUUAUUGUGGCACGGUGUCAGAUUCAAACCUAUGAUCUUCUGUUCUCUAUUCAUGGAAUUAUUCCACUGUGCCACAAGGAUGGCGCUAUCAUGCCUUGUUUUUCUUUACUCAUACAAAGCAGUUCAAUUUAGUCUAUUCAAACAGACCCCCAUUUCAAAGGAAACAAGCACUCAUUAAGUUCAGGUGUGGCCAAUUAGUGGGC